AGGUUCCUAUAGUCCCCUUUCGUUUUCCUCGAGAGAGAGAAAGAGAAGAAGAAGAAGAAGAAGACACAAACAUGGGGUUAGGGUUACUAGCUCUCCGAGCUUCAAGAACAUCUCUUCUAGGUCGUUCCUCAUCAACAAUUUCUAGGCCAGGUUUCGAAUCUGGAAACCCUAAUUUCAAUUUGGUAAGAUGGAUCAUUUCAACACCAGAACUACAAAAACCAGAAGCAGCAACUGCAUCAGAACCAGCAGUGCCACCACCACCACCACCAAGAACACCAGUUUGUGGUGCCAGAGUUCAUAUUGAAAAGCCUGAAGAUGCGAUCGAAGUAUUUGUUGAUGGUUACCCUGUCAAAGUACCUAAAGGCAUGACUGUAUUGCAAGCAUGUGAGCUUGCUGGGGUUGACAUUCCUAGAUUUUGUUAUCAUAAUCGUCUUUCCAUUGCUGGAAAUUGUCGUAUGUGUUUGGUUGAGGUUGAGAAAUCUCCUAAACCUGUUGCUUCUUGUGCUAUGCCUGCUCUUCCAGGGAUGAAAAUUAAGACUGAUACACCGAUUGCAAAGAAGGCAAGGGAAGGAGUUAUGGAGUUUUUGUUAAUGAAUCAUCCAUUGGAUUGCCCAAUUUGUGAUCAGGGUGGUGAGUGUGAUCUCCAGGAUCAGUCUAUGGCGUUUGGAUCUGAUCGAGGUCGAUUCACUGAAAUGAAGAGAUCUGUUGUUGAUAAGAAUCUAGGUCCAUUAGUGAAGACUGUAAUGACUCGUUGCAUCCAAUGUACAAGGUGUGUAAGGUUUGCUACUGAGGUUGCUGGGGUUGAGGAUCUUGGCAUGUUAGGUCGUGGUAGUGGAGAGGAAAUUGGAACUUACGUUGAGAAACUGAUGUCAAGUGAACUUUCUGGAAACGUGAUUGAUAUCUGCCCUGUGGGAGCUCUCACUUCAAAGCCUUUUGCUUUUAAAGCUAGGAACUGGGAGUUAAAGGGGACUGAGAGUAUUGAUGUUACGGAUGCUGUCGGUUCAAACAUCAGAAUUGAUAGUAGAGGUCCAGAGGUCAUGCGAAUCACUCCACGGUUGAAUGAGGACAUUAAUGAGGAAUGGAUAUCCGACAAAACACGUUUCUGUUAUGAUGGACUGAAAAGGCAGAGGUUGAAUGAUCCCAUGAUUCGUGGUCCUGAUGGACGCUUCAAGUCUGUGAGCUGGCGUGAUGCCCUUGCCGUGGUUGCAGAAGCUGCUCAUCAAGUUACACCCGAAGAAAUUGUUGGUAUUGCAGGGAAGCUGUCCGAUGCAGAAUCCAUGAUGGUUCUGAAAGAUUUGUUGAACAAGAUGGGUUCAAACAAUGUGUGGUGUGAAGGAAAUGGCAUGAACCCUCAAGCUGAUUUACGUUCAGGAUACCUUAUGAACAGCAGCAUAAGUGGUCUUGAAAAGGCAGAUGUUUUCCUUUUGGUUGGUACUCGGCCAAGAGUAGAAGCCCCAAUGGUGAACGCCAGAAUCGGCAAGACCGUUAGAGCCACCAAAGCGAAGGUCGGCUACAUUGGCCCCCCUGCUGAAUUCAAUUACGACCACCAACAUCUUGGCUCAGGCCCACAAACCCUCCAAGAAAUUGCUGAGGGUCGUCAUCCAUUCUGUUCUGCUCUCUUGUCUGCAAAGAAUCCUGCUAUAAUUGUUGGUGCAGGGCUCUUUGAACGCAAGGACAAAGACGCAAUAUUUUCCACCGUUGAAAGCAUUGCAAAGCAAGCCAAAGCUAUCAGAUCAGACUGGAACGGCCUUAAUGUACUCCUCCUUAAUGCUGCCCAAGCUGCUGCCCUUGAUCUUGGCCUGGUCCCGGAAUCUGAGAAUGCACUGGAAACUGCAAAGUUUGUGUAUUUGAUGGGUGCCGAUGAUGUGGACUUGGAGAAGCUUCCAAGUGAUGCUUUCGUGGUUUAUCAAGGUCAUCACGGAGAUAAAGGUGUCUACCGCGCAAAUGUAAUAUUGCCAUCUUCAGCAUUCAGUGAGAAAGAAGGUACUUAUGAAAACACUGAAGGUUGCACACAACAAACACUCCCGGCUGUUCCCACAGUUGGUGAUGCUAGGGAUGACUGGAAGAUACUGAGGGCACUCUCCGAAGUUUCUGGACUCAGGCUUAACUAUACAAACCUUGGAGGUGUACGUACUCGCAUCAGUACUGUGGCACCGAAUCUUGUACACAUUGAUGAGAGAGAACCAGCUAGUUUUUCCGCAACAUUAGCGAAGCCUGAGACCCAACAGAAAAUGAGCAAGGAAGACUUUGGGGUUGCCGUUGAGAAUUUUUACAUGACUGAUGCAAUCACUAGGGCAUCUAAGAUUAUGGCGCAAUGUAGUGCUUCGCUGUUGAAAAAGUGACAACAUUUUGCGGUAAUCUGAGCCAUUUUCUUCUCAAUAAUUGUUAAGUGGUUUUCUAAAACCUUAUUCUGAAAUCUGUUGUUAAUUACACCUUUUUGUUUUAUUGUUUUGAUUACCCUCAAGAAUUGUAAGGAUUUAAAUGAUGUAUAAUGGUCUUGUGCUCAUAAAUGGCCAUUAAAAUCUUGUCAUUUUGUUAAAAACUUGAAUUUCUCAUUUACAAA